AAAAACCGGUGGCAUGCGCUGUUCUUGGUUGGGACUGAAGAUAGCUCGAGAGCCUCGGACGUAUCAGCGAUCCGUUAGCCAUCAAGUGUACAUCGCUUUGAAAAAGAAAGAAAAGAGAGAGAGAGAGAGAGAGAGAGAGAGAGAGAGAGAGAGAGAGAGAGAGAGAGAGAGAGAGAGAGAGAGAGAGAGAGAGAGAGAGAGAGAGAGAGAAGAGAGAGAGAGAGAGAGAGAGAGAGAGAGAGAGAGAGAGAGAGAGAGAGAGAGAGAGAGAGAGAGAGAGAGGGAGAGAGAGAGAGAGAGAGAGAGAGAGAGAGGGAGAGAGAGAGAGAGAGAGAGAGAGAGAGAGAGAGAGAGAGAGAGAGAGAGAGAGAGAGAGAGAGAGAAAAGGAUACGGUAAUGUGGUUCGUGGCAAUAAAUGGGGGUUUUGUGU